AUGAUGUUCAAGUCAGGCAAAAUGAACUUUGUAUGGAGGUGGAGGGUGUUUGAUUACGUUACUUGUGUCGUCUUUGGACUUGUCGGGGCACUCGUCGGCAUCCUCGUACGGCCACACUGCCGUCCGUUUGUCUUUGACGACACCAGCAUCAGCCAACCUCCAAGCCACACCGAGACAUCCCCGACGUACUCUGUCCUUAUCGCCGUGAUUCUUGUCAUUUUCAUUUACGCUACGGGGGAGUACUUCACCUGGCGGGAACACGGGAAGCACAUGGUGGCCAAGCAUCUGAAUGCCUGGAUCCUUGUGCAGUCUUUCAGCGUUUCCCUUGACUACUGCAUUGUGAACCUUUGCAAACUGUACGCGGGGAGACUGCGGCCUGAUUUCAUUCAUCGUCUGGCGAAGGAAGGCAUCACGGAAAGUAAUUUUAAUCAGUUCACACACGAUCAAAUAUGUGGCGCGGCCCGUGAGGGGCGAUUGUCAUUUCCAUCCGGCCACGCUUCGUCGUCAUUCGCCGGGUUUGUUCCGCUGGUAUUAUAUUUACUUUGCCGGACGGGAACCCUUCGUACUGGUGCAUUCUACACAGCCGCCGCCUCCUUGCUUCCCCUCAUCUUCCCUCUCGUCGUUUCCAUCUCCCGCACACGCGAUAACAAGCACCACUUCUCCGACAUUGUGGGGGGCGCGGUUGUUGGUACAUUCUCUGCUUUGUUUUCCGUCUUUCUUUCGUUUGUGGUGGGUCCUACAGGAGAUUGGGUGAUACGGAGCGAAUCGUUUAGCACCCCUUCUGCCGCGUCUGCCGUGGGAUCGGUGGCUCAAAAUCCAAUUGAGGAGAAUGAGUUGAGGAUAAUGUGUACAGUGAAUUCAUCGAACGGCGCGGAAUAA